GUUUUUCGUUCUUUAUUGAAGCGGGCCGGCGGUGGAUCGGGAUCGGGAUCGGGAGGGGUCCUCACCCUCGCCCCUUGUGGCCGGGAGCCGGGGACGGAUUAUUCUCUGCGGGGCGACACCAAGAAUUUCCUUUCGUUAGACCUGCGGUGAGAGAUUUAUUGGAAGAAAAGCCGACAGCUGGAAAGUCACGAAUGAGAACGAGGGAACAGCGACAAGUGAACCAGCCCGAGGACUGAGAGUACCAACUGAAGAGAACCCUCUGACUCAGAGUUUUCAUUGAUUCAGUCAGGAGAAAGUUUGAGCCUCACCAGCAGGUGGAGCUGUCCUGCAGAGCGACCAAAGUGUGAACAAGACGACGACAAUCAACAAUCGUCAGUCAGAAUCAGAAUGGACAAAGUAUGGAACGUAUUGAAGAGGAUUUUACCAGGCGGAUCAUCGAGGGAAGAUGAUCGGGACAAGGGAAGCAAGGUACCAGCGCAGGGUCAGAUUGAGAGCGGUGUCCCAAUGGAAUCCGGUCCGGCCGCAGAGAAGGAGGAGAAAAUUCAGCCCAGAGACAGUGACGUCAGAGACACCGAUCAGGACCCUGGAACCGGCACAAGUGAGGCGACUGCCUGUCAGCUCGGAAGCUCAUUGAACACAGGACUGCCAAGUCCCAAAGAAGGAUCGGAGCCAGAGUUUACAAUCUCCGACCUCCUGGCACAGGGGGAGGAAUAUCGACUGUACCAACUGACAAAGUUCUACAGGGACAGACUCAAACAAGCAAUUGAAGAAAAGGUUGAGAGACUGGGUUGGAUGUUGACAAAGGAGGGACAUUUCAGUAGAGAAGAAAAUGAGAAAGUCACUGAGCUGACAGAGAAGGGAAACCGGGCAGAGAGUUCCAGACUCUUCCUCAGUCUGGUGAAUGGCAAAGGCUCCCGGGCCCGGAGGGCGAUGUGGGAAUCCUUUCUGAUGUGGAGGACUGAGUUACCGAAGUUGGACAGAAUACUGAGGGAAAUACAGGAACUCGGUCCUGAUCCACAAGAAUACAUGAACAUCGGCCAAGGUUUAUCUGAAUUACCCCCUCAGCUGAUAGAUGUCCAACAGAAACACAAGGAGACUCUGCGGACACGAACUGAAACACUGAGAGUGAACACGAUCCUGAUGACGGAGAAGGUGAAGGUUUUCCAGCUGGCUGAUCGAUACGCUGAGCUCACGGUCAUUUCUACUGUUCGAGAUUGGACACUGGUGGAACAUGAGCUGCUGGCAAGAGGCAGAGACCAUGAGGAUUAUAGAGAGGAACAACUCCGCAGACAGCUGGAAAAAAUCCGUACUGAUCAGUUAUUCCAGAGCAGCUUUUCCCGGAGUAAAUCCAAAUCUGGGAGUUCAGCAGCAGUGGCCGGAGUCCCGGGGAUCGGGAAAACAACAAUGGUACAAAAGAUUGUUUAUGACUGGGCCAUGGGGAAAAUAUACCAACAGUUCCAGUUUGUCUUCAGUUUCAAAUUCCGAGAUUUAAACAGUAUUGACUGUCGAAUAAACCUGAAGGAACUGAUUCUGGAUCAGUAUCCUUACUUUGGGAAUUUCCUGAGAGAAGUCUGGAAGAACCCAAAGGGAUUGCUGUUUAUAUUCGAUGGUUUAGAUGAAUUCAAACACAAAAUCGAUUUUGCGGACAGUCGGAGAGAUGCAGAUCUCAAGCACAAGUGCCCAGAUCCCGAGUGGCG